UCAGCACAGCGCGCGAACCUGGCGGAUCCAGUGCCCGUGGGUCACCGGCAGGCUCGCGGUUCUGGUCACCAUGGCAUCGUUCAGCAAGAAGCGGCGGCUCCUUCAUGGCAUCGGCAGCUCAGAGAGCUCCAGAAGGACAAUGUUCGCGGCCAGUCAGAGCGGCGCGACCGACGGAGAAGGCCGGUUUGUGGAGGGAGCCAUCCUCCGCAUCACCAUGAAAAACUUCCUGACCUAUGAUUACUCUGAGGUGUAUCCUGGACCUAAUCUCAACAUGAUUAUUGGAGCCAAUGGAACUGGCAAGUCCAGCAUUGUGUGUGCCAUCUGUCUGGGUCUGGCUGGAAAAACUGCUGUUCUGGGCAGAGGUGACAAGGUUGGGCUCUACGUCAAACGUGGGAUGAAUAAAGGCUAUGUUGAGAUUGAACUGUACAAGAGCGGUGGCAAUGUCGUGAUUAACAGAGAGAUCCACGUGGAGAACAAUCAGUCGCUGUGGAUGAUGAACGGGAGACACUGCAACCAGAAAACGGUGGAGGAGGAGGUCAAGGCCCUGCGUAUCCAAGUCAGCAACCUCUGCCAGUUUCUGCCUCAGGAGAAAGUGGGAGAGUUUGCCAAGAUGUCCAAAAUCGAGUUGCUGGAGGCCACUGAGAAAUCGGUGGGACCGCCAGAGAUGUACGAGUACCACUGUGAGCUGAAAAACUUCCGCAACAAGGAGAGAGAACUGGAGAACGUUGUGAAGGAGAAGGCAAGCUUCCUGGAGAAGGCCAAGCAGAGGAAUGAGAGGAACAAGCAUGAUGUCAACCGUUACUACGAAAGGAAAAGGCACCUGGAUGUGAUCGAGUUACUUGACAAAAAGAAACCGUGGGUGGAGUACGAAACGACCCGUAAGGAGCUCGAGGGUGUGAAGAAGGAGCGUGAAGAGGCCAAGAGGCAGCUUUUAGCACUGAAACAAGCUCACGCACCCAUGCUGAGGAAAAUCCAGCUGAUUGACAACCAGCUGCAGCCUACAGAGGCCCAAAUAAAGGCCAAGACUGCUGCCAUCAAAGAAGCCUCUCUGAAGUGCAAACAGAAACAAGAUCAGCUGGACCGAAAACACAAAGAGAUUGACGACAUUAAACAAACGCUCAAACUGAAGCAGAUGGAGGAGGAGGACCACCAGAAGCGGAUCAGCAACACCAAACGGAUCAUCGAGGACUUGAAGGUAGAGCUGGCCAAAGUUGGCGACCAACCAGACGUGACCCCGCGCAUCAAUGCCGUCAACGUUGAGCUGAGGCGCAUCCAAGAGGAUAGAGCCAAGAUCGAAGGAGAAAAGGCUGACCUGCGCAGGGAGAGGGACAAUCUCUUUGCCGAGUCCAAAAAGCUGGAGAGGAAGCUCAAUGACAUGAACAACAUGAUGAAUGUCAAAGAGGAGAAGCUGCGAGGACGCCACAGGGACACACAUGCUGCCCUCCAGUGGCUCAGGCAAAACAAAGAAAAGUUUAAAGGAAACGUCCAUGAGCCCAUGAUGCUGGUGAUCAAUGUGAAGGAUCCUCGCUUUGCCAAGUAUGUGGAGAACCACAUCUCAUUCCAUGACCUUCGGGCGUUUGUCUUCCAGAGGAAAGACGACAUGGAGAAGUUCAUGACUGAGGUCCGUGACAAGAUGAACUUGAAGGUGAACUCCAUUUGUGCUCCGGAGCAGUCGUGUUCCAAGCGAGCACCUUCCCGAAACAUCGAGUCCUUGAGACUUUUUGGGUUCUUCACUUACCUCCGUGAGAUGUUUGACGCCCCUGAUGAGGUGAUGAGUUACCUCUGUCACCAGUACAAGGUGCACGAUGUGCCAGUGGGCAACGAUCAGACCAAAUCCAUGAUUAAAACGGUGAUUGAGGAGCCCUACCUCCGGGUGUUGUACACAACAGAGGAGCGAUACACCGUGAAAAGGUCCUUUUACUCCAACCACAUCAGCACCAGUAACUCUGCCGUGCACUCCUCCCAGUAUCUCUCCAUCGCUGUGGAUGCUGAGGAGAGACGGCAGCUGGAGCAGCAGAUGAAGGCCUGUGAGUCAAAGCUGAAAGACAUCGAUGAACGGAUGAAGGCCCUGCAGAAGGACGCUGCCGCACUGGACCGACGUGACAAUGAGCUGUUGGCAGAGAAGAAGCAUCUCUCUGAGCUGAAGGGCAAAAAGAGACAACUGGAGCAAAAAAUCAGCACCAAGCAGGACAGUCUGAAGCAGAUGGAGCACAGUGUUAUUGACCUGAAGAAGGUCGAGGAGGAAACCAAAGAGAAGAUUGCAGCUGUCAAUUCCCAGAAGGUGACCAUUGUCGGUGUGUUCAUGGCCCAGAUGAAGCUGAGAGCCAAGCUGACCAUGGAGAAAGUGCACCUGGCUUUGGAGACAGUGGGGCUGACAGCAGAGAAGACAAAGCUGGAGAGUGACUGCAGAGAACGUGCUUCUGAGCUGAAGACCACUGAUCAAAAAUGCAGCCGACUGGAGCAGAGGAAGGUCCAGCUGACAGAACAAUGCAAAGGCCUGCUGAAGAGAGCGCAGGCCACCUGUAGGAUGCAGCCUGACCAGUCGUUACCUGAAGACCUGCGUAACGCUUUCAGCAAGCUGCCCAGCACGCUGGACGAGAUCGAGGCCAUGCUGAACGAGGAGCGGUCCAGAGCCGAGUGCUUCACGGGCCUUAGUGAGAAUGUUGUUGACGAGUACAACAGGAGAGAGCAGGAGAUCAAACAUCUGGAGAAAGAGCUGGAGGAGAAGAGCAACGAGCUGAACGCCUACCGACAGAACAUAUCAGAGGCUAAGGAGCGCUGGCUGAACCCUCUGAAGCAGCUGGUUGAACAGAUCAAUGACAAGUUCAGCAACUUCUUUCACUCCAUGCAGUGUGCAGGAGAGGUCGACCUGCACUCAGAGAACGAGGAGGAGUAUGAUAAGUACGGCAUCCGGAUCCGGGUGAAGUUCCACAGCAGCACUCAGCUCCACGAGCUGACGGCUCACCAUCAGAGCGGAGGAGAGCGCAGCGUCUCCACCAUGCUUUACCUCAUGGCCCUACAGGAGCUCAACCGCUGUCCCUUCAGAGUGGUGGACGAGAUCAACCAGGGGAUGGAUCCUGUGAAUGAGAGGAGAGUCUUUGACAUCGUGGUUCGCACAGCCUGCAAAGAGACGACAUCCCAGUACUUCUUCAUCACACCAAAACUGCUGCAAAACCUUCAGUACGCCGACGAGAUGACGGUUCUCUGCGUCCACAACGGCCCCCACAUGCUUUCCCCCAGCGAAUGGGACGAGAAGGCUUUCAUCAGACGCUACGUCAAAAGAAAAGCCAGGGCGUGAAUCCAGUUCAGCUUCUCAAACAUGACAAAGAAAUGGUGUUUAGGCUGUUUAUUUCAUAUGCUAUAGGGUCUAUACACUUUUGACAGAGAAUAUUUUCAUGUUGUACUGGAAAGUGUGCCAAAUGUUCACGUUUUUUUUAAGGAUGAACUUUUAUAAAAUAGGUUUAUUGAAAGCAGAACUGUAUUUGUAAUUUCACUGUUUGCACAUGUUCCUAGUUUCAUCCGUUUCCAUAACAGCCCAUAUGCACAUGUUUAUAUAUUUAAAUAAAAUGUUCUGUUUCUGUACUGUA